UAGAAUUAUAAGAAUAAAAAAAAUAUGAAUAUGGAUACUUAUCCUUCAAAUAUUAAAGAAAGUGAUGCUUUAUAAAAUAUUCUAAUUGAUACCGUUAAUUUUCACCCCGAAAAUAUCUCGCCAACUAAAAAAGCUAUUAAAAUAACGAAUCCUUUAGAACUUACAUGGGAAAAUUUAAAUAUAUUUGCAUAUGUUAAUCAUAAAGUAAAGGCUGAUAACGGAAAACUAACCAAAGUUAAUGAAAAAAAAUAAAUUUUAAAAGACCUUAGUGGAUCAAUAAAACCUGGUAAUUUUACAGCAAUUCUCGGGCCUUCAGGUUCCGGAAAAACAACAUUAUUGAAUUUUUUAUCUGGACGUUUAGUCGCUAAUAAUAUGGAAAUUGAAGGUUCUUUAUAUUUAAAUGGUUAAAAAAUUGACGAUAUGGGAAACUAUUCAAAUUAAAUAGCUUAUGUAAUGCAAGACGAUAUUUUAUUAGCAACAUUUACUCCCUAUGAAGCAUUUAAAUUCAGUGCCGACAUGCGUUUAAAAGAUAUAUCAGAAGAUGAAAAAAUAUAAAAAGUGAAAUCAUUGAUAAAACUCCUAGGCUUAGAAAAAUGUAAAGACACAAAAGUCGGAAAUGCCAUUAUCAGAGGUAUAUCAGGAGGAGAGCGUAAAAGAACAUCAAUUGGUGUCGAAUUGUUAACUAAUCCUUCCAUUUUAUUUUUAGAUGAACCCACAACAGGUUUAGAUUCCAUAACAUCAUUAAAUGUGAUAGAAUUGUUAAAAAAAUUAAGUCAUAUUGGAGUUAACGUAAUAUCCACAAUCCAUUAACCUUCAUCUGAAAUAUUCGUAAUUUUCGAAAGACUAAUACUGAUUUGUGAAGGAAAAAUUAUUUAUUAAGGAAUAGCUAAUUAAGCUGUUGAAUAUUUCAACCAAUAGAAUUUAAAAUGUCCCGAUUUUUCGAACCCAGCGGAUUAUUUCAUGAAAAUUAUGAAUGAGGAAGGUUUAAUUAUAGAAUAUUUACAAAAAGGUAAUUUGGAAAUUUCAGAUGAAUAAAUAAAUAAAGAAUUCAAAUAAAGAUUAGAAAAAAUGGUAACAAUAUAUAAAUAAUCUGAUUAAAUAAAAGACCUUAAAUCAACUUAUAAUUAAGUCCCUACUAAAAACGAUAACAGAUUCAAUGUAAGUGUAAUAAAAUAAUUUUCCCUUCUUUUCAAAAGAUGUUUCAUUACAUAAGUAAGAAACCCAAUGGAUCUUCUUCUUAAAACCAUAUAAAUUAUUGUUUUUUCCAUAGCUACUAUUAUAGUAUUUAAUCCUCUUGGAGAUGGAUAGGCUGGUAUUCAAAAUAGAAACGGAGCUUUAUUUUUUAUUUCUACAAUGUCUGCUUUUUCUUCUAUUUAAGGAUCAAUUUCUACUUUUUAAUAAGACAGAGGACUAUUCUUGAGAGAAAGAUUAAAUAAAAGUUAUACUGUGGGUGCUUAUUUCUGGGGAAAAAGCUUAUCUGAAUUACCUUUUCAUAUAUAUUAUCCUAUUAUUUAGGUCGCAAUGACUUAUUAUGCUAUUGGACUUAAUAAUAAUGAUGCAAAAUAUUUCUUUAUCCUCGCAGCUGCUAUGAUAUGUACUUAUUUCUACGGUGUAUCAUAUGGAUUAUUUAUUUCUGUUAUUGUACCAAAAAUGGAAAUCGCUAUGGCUCUUAUUCCUAUAUUAGUUAUUCCUUUUAUGGUUUUGGGAGGUUUAUAUGUAAAUACUAAUAAUAUUCCCGAUUUCCUUAAAUGGAUUGAAUAUUUAUCUAUGUUUAAAUAUGGAUAUUAAGCUGCAGCUUUAAAUGAAUUUGAUAAUCUUAAUUUUGAGUGCAUUAAUCCUAUUACUCAAUAAUAAUGCAAUCCAAAAGAUUAGUUGGGAUUUAGAGAAAGUAUAGCCGAAAACUUUUAUGCUUUAAUUGGAUUAGGAUUAUGUUUUAGACUUCUUGCUUAUAUAUUUAUGCAUAUUAUUUCUUAACCUAAAAGACCUAAACUAAAUUAAAAAUUAAAAUAAUGA